UACCUUCUCACGAGCGUUGUCACAAAUGUUGUGACUCACCCUGUAUACUUCUUUGAGUAUAGGGACACGCUGUGUCACUGCGCGGCGUUCGGGUGCGAAUUUACACAUGAAUUACGCAGCCGUAAGUGACAGAUAUAUGUACGCACGUGAGUACGCUACACAUGUACGUGCGUCACGCACAAUUUCAUAAACUUCCGCUGUACUCUGUAAGCGCCUUUGACACUAUUCCCCACGCGCAUCGAUAUUUCUUUCAGCUGAAGGAUGAAGUUCUCCUAAUUAGACGAAUGGUUACACAACAAUCAUCGCGUUAACAGGAAUAAUAAAGUGCAACGUCUACCGAUUGUGGAAGUAAUGGAACGGUGCAUUGUUGAACACACAUUGGAAGGAUAAUAAGAAAUGGAGAAAUAAUCAAUAUGUACCUUCCUUCCUUAUACAUGAACAAUGACACAUGUUAUAAUCUGCAUUUUCCACACUUCUGCAAAACGUUGGUUGCAUUACUGCACUGUUAUAUGUAUCCAAAUUUUUUAAUUCAAAGUUUUAAAUUCAUUAAUAGACACGAAAUAUGAAAAGUGUUGCUAUUGUACGUAGAAGGAAGUCGAUGCGUAUCAUAAUAAAGUGAUGGUUAGGUGUAAUGAUAUGAAAUGGUGAUAGUUACAUACCCGUAAAGUUACCCGUAAAACUUAUAGUGUUUGAUAUAAAAAGACAUCUAUUUUUAAGGAAAAAGUAUACGAUGUAUUUUACUAAUUUUGGUAAUGCCAUUUCUAUUGAUUUAUUCGUUUUAUAGUCGAGGCGGGAGAAAAUCGAGGAAAUUUAGACUUUAUUUACUACACACACCUAUUUCCCCCGUGCCGGUGCUUUAUGAAUUUUUUACAUCUGCUAUUUAUCCUACGGUAAAUUGAACCUUUACAAUUAUCUUAUGAGUCUAAGGAAGAAAAAUUGAUCGUCUACCUAAAUUCGAUACAUGGAGGGGGAAACACAGGUUUGCAGCGUUAGGCCUGACAUACGCAUUUCAGUUUUCGUGGAAGAUGGACUUCGCUGGUGAACGGUAUUAUAAGAUGAGUAGAAUUCUUCUGUCGAGUCUCGGUCUGUGGCCUGAUGACAUUUCAACUUUCAAGAAAGUACAAAUAAUAUUUUACCAAACGUUAUACAUAUCCUUUCUAAUAUGUCAGUGCAUUCCAUUGUUUAUAAAACAGUACAGCAUUGUGUGUAUUAUUAAAAUGUUGUCGUACAUUGUUCUGACUUGUCUAUUUAUUCUGGUAUAUAACACAUGUCUACUACUCAACGAUAACAUCAAAUAUAUCUUCGACAGAGUUCGAUACGAUUGGAAUAUGUUAAAAGCUCAUGCAGAUUUGGAAAUUUUACAAAAAUAUGCAAACGAAGCAAACUUCCAAACGAUCUUCAUUUUUCUUUCGAGUAAUAUUUAUUCAUUGGUAAUAGUCAUAAUAAGUUAUUCCCCCCGUGUACUUGAUAUAUUUACACCACUGAAUGAAUCACGAUCGCUCCAAAUAUUAUAUACUGUGGAAUACUUUGUCGACGAAGAAACAUACUUUUUCGCUAUUUUGAUGCAUAUGGUCUUAGUUGCUUAUGCUGGAGGCAUGGCAGCAACUGCUAUCGCAACAGUACUCCUAAUAUACAUUUCGCACACUUGCGCUUUGUUUAAAAUCGCCAGCUAUCAAAUGGAACACGUAUGUACAAGUGACAAAAAUGUACAAUUAAUACCAAAGGACAUUAAACAGUCAAUGUUUUACAACAAUUUAAUUUAUGCUGUAUAUGUUCAUCGUCGAGCUAUGGAUUCUGCUAAUAAUAUAACGAACAGUUUUUCGAUGUUCCUUAACGUGCUAUUAGUAUGUAGUGUGGUUAUGAUGAGUCUCAGUUUCUGCAAUGUAAUUAAUGCAGUGACAUCCUGGGAAAAAUUAGAUGUAGUUACAAACGGUGUAAUGAUAUUUGGACUAAUGUAUUGUAGUUUUCUGGGAAAUUAUGUUGGUCAGAACAUUAUAGAUAGCAGCACUGCCAUUUCUCAAGCGACAUACAAUGCACAGUGGUACACUGCGCCAAUAUGUAUGCAAAAAUUAAUAAUACUUAUAAUACAAAGAAGUAACAAACAGAGUGUUUUGACAAUUGGAGCUUUAUUUGACGUGUCGUUAGAAGGUUUUGCUACGCUUCUAAGUAUGUCCAUAUCCUACGUUAUGGUUCUUCAAUCUAUGGGGACACUCACCGAAAGCGAAAAGAAGUAAUAAUUACGUUUUAGGUAUUCGAGUUAUAGGUCUAGGAUAUGUACAGUACAUUUUACAUGUACUUUUCUACAUAUUC